AUGUCGAAGAGUUCGAAAACAGAUGAUAUGACAGACAGUUCUAGUGAUGAACAACUACCAGAAUCUAUUCACUUAGAUUCUAAUGUUAAAAUACAACCUAUGAAGACAAUGACUUCGACAAAUGACAAAAAGAAAGAAAUUAAAGUAGAAUCAUCGCAAACAAAAGAGAAAACACAUCCGGAUGCCAAAGUCAUUGAACAAGGUGAGAAACAAAUUGAACAGCCAAUCAAAAUGCUCACGACAGACAAGCAUAUGGAAGUGGCAGUUACGGGAAACAAGUCAGAAAUGGUGUCUGACCCAGAACUCAAGGAGAAGCCAAUAAGCAUAUCGCAUCAAAAUGAGAGCAUACAUCAGAAAGAAGAGAUCAAAAAUGAAAAAGACAAGCAUGACAAACUACAGACUGAGGUUCCUCAAAACCAGGAAACAGAAUCCACAUACAUGGACCAAACAAUUAGAUUACUUUUGAAUUUGAAUGGAAAUGAGGAGGAAAAGCUUGCAGAAGAUAUAAAGGGUGACGGUGAAAACAAAAAAUCAAAUAAAACACCAGCAUGCAUCUCAGAUGUGACUAGCGCAGAUGUGACGCAGGUGGACAAAGAAGAAGAUGACGCUCUUUUGUGCUCUAGCAAAAACGAGCAAAAACGUGAAACAGAUACAACAAAGGACAAUUCCAAAAUUAUAACAGAUUCCGGAAUACACACAUUGAAACUAGAAGAAAACAAAGAGAAGUCUAAUAAGAGCAGUAGAAAAAUGUCGAAGGGCUCUAAAACAGAUGACAUGACAGACAGUUCUGACGAUGAACACCUAUCAGAGACUAGUGACCUGGAACAUAGCAUUAAAAAACAGCUUCCAAAGAUAACAACUCCGAAAAAUGAGAAGAAGAAAGACAAAAUUACAAAGAACAAAGAAAAAAAGAAGGACAAAAAACAGAAAGGUUCUAUAAAAUCACUGGACAUCUCACCAGAAAAGGCAGCGUCCACAGUUGGUUCCCAUGAGUUGCUGGGUGAGAACAUCGAAAUGUCAGAGAAACAAGAUGAUUUUAAAAAGAAAGGGGUGAAAAAUAAAAAUAAGAAAGAGAAAAAGGACAAAAAAGAGAAGAAAAGUAAACUAAAAUUACUUGAAAUCUCUGAAGUGUUAUCAUCAGAAACUCCGCCGGGGUCCGCAUUCAGUUCUCUUGAAUCCCUGGAUGAGGAAAAUGACAAGAAGAAAAAGAUGAAAAAUAAAGAUAAGAAAGAGAAAAAGGCCAAAAAAGAGAGAAAGGGGUCACUGAGAAUUUCUAAGGUGCUGUCAUCAGAAACUUCACCAGGGUCCGUGAUCAGUUCUCGUGAAUCACUGGAUGACCAAAAUGACAAGAAGAAAAAGGUAAAAAAUAAAGACAAGAAAGAGAAAAAGGACAAAAAGGAGAGAAAAGGUUCACUGAGAAUCUCCAAAAUACUGUCAUCGGAAACUCCACCAGGGUCUGUGACCAGUUCCCGUGAAUCACUGGAUGACCAAAAUGAAAAGAAGAAAAAGGGAAAAAAUAAAGAUAAGAAAGAGAAAAAGGACAAAAAGGGCAAAAAGGAGAAAAAAGGUUCACUGAAUAUUUCCGAAGUGUUGUCAUCGGAAACUCCACCUGGCCUGGAAAAGACACACACCGCCGUCACAGUCUCCACUAAGUCCCUUCAAGCAGCUGAAAGUUCACAGUCGAUACACAGUGAUUUUACUUGGACCGAAUCGGAAGAGGACAACAAAACAAAUUUAAAAGAUAGCACGAAAUAUAAGAAAAGAAAUAGAAAAUCAGGGAAAAUAUCAUAUCGUCCACCAAACAAAUUCCGGCGAUCUGGUAGUUUUAGUGGGGUUUCUAGAGGUUUGGGUUUCACAGUGGCCGAUGGGUACACCAGAUACGAAGGUAGUUUGACUUGUGCUUACGGGAGCGAUCCACUAAUACAAAGGCAUACUAAGAAUUCUCCAAACUGGACAAGAAAAACGAUGAAACCAAGUAGGAGAACGGAGGAUAAAUUAUCUCGCAUUUUAGCCACGAGAUUAACAAAUAACCACAGCGACUUUGAUGUUAUCGGCGACAACCAAGAACGGUUGGAAAAUAAGAGAAUGAUUGGUUCAGAAAGUGAGUUACCGGUGUGCGUUGCAAAUAAUAAUGAACAGGAAAUCGGAAACAAAGAAGUUCACUCUAAUGUAUUGUUAAAGCAAUGCAUAGGCGCCAAUGACAGCAUCACUAAACAGGAAGUCAUGUUUGAAACGCCCACCACGGAAGACAGUAAUAUUUUUCAUUGCAGCGCCGCCAACGCCGAAAAUGGCAACAAACAAUUACCUGAGGUACUACACAAAACUAGUGUGCAAGACCGAAGUUACGCUGCACAAAAACAUCAAAAGGAAUCUCAACAAAUCUCUGAUAUUGUUGCGGAAGUACCGAAGGACGAAUUUUCGUCAGAGGUAUUGAACAUGUGGAAGUCCAUCGAAGAGAAAAGCGAGCUCGAGGAAGGGCGGGCGAAGUCGGUUGAAAGUGAACACAAUAAGGAGCAACCCAUAAAAGUCGUGAGUAAUCCUGUUGCGUCGGUCCCCGAUUUACAUAUUACGAAACCGGGGGUGGAAGCAGACGAUCACACACUAACACGUCCACUAUCAUUAAAACCGAGCAAACUAGUUCAGCGCCGGCUGAAAACCCAAAACGCGUGUAUGUAA